AUGUCCAUGUCGGUAAUGAGUCCCAUGCUGACCACCAGCCUCUCCUCCACCAUGAUGCCCAAGACAGCCGCGUUCCGGCCCGCGACACAGAUGCCUCGCGGCUUGAGGUGUCCUAGUCGCUCCAUCCGCGCUCAGGCGAGCGGAGAGGAGAAGAAGUCGUGGAUCGACCGACUUGCAGUCCCGUCUGCAGCGCUGCUCGGCGCUGCCUUGCUGCUCACGGCGACGCCCGACGCCGCGGAGGCUGCCAGGAGUGGUGGAAGAGUGGGAGGCAGCAGCUUCUCGUCCCGCCGGGCCGCCCCGGCUCCGAGCAGGCCUAGCCCCGGCCCCAGCCGGCAGUACAAUAGCUAUAACACGUAUGUCGCACCACCCCUGGGUGGCGGCAUCGGCAUGGGCAUGCCCUUCUUUGGUGGCGGCUAUGGCAUGCCCUUCUAUGGAGGCGGCAUCGGCGUCUUCCCUAGCUUUGGGAUCUCCGGCAUCUUCAACAUCUUCCUCAUCUUCAUGCUGGCAAACGUGGCCAUCUCCGUGAUCAGGAACUUCACGAAUGGCAACGGCGGCAACAACAACUCCAAGGGAGACGAGGACUCCUGGGAUGAUAAGUGGUGA